CUCCCUCUCCAUCAUUUAUGAUCGCUCUUUCUCUCUGCUGCUCAUUUGCUCCUCGUCUUCGAUCACUCGUUUCGUUCUGAACCACAAAUCCGCUGCGUUCAGUCCAAUCGGACAGCAUGCGUUUAACGCGUCCGCACGCCGAGCGCUUCUAAAUGACCAUCCGUGCGCGUAAAGCGGUUCCAUUCACCACAACUGUUCCGCUGUCAUCCAGCGCGCUCCGCUUGGGCUUCUUCCCGGAGAAGAAAGAGAGAGAGACUCUUGCUUUUUUUGCGCUGCUUUGGGUGUAAAUGUUGAAGCUUGAAUGGCUGGAGCUCAACCUGGCGUCCAUGCGCUUCAACUCAAGCCGGUGCGCGUGUCUGAGAGUCUGAAGCGAGGCAGUAGAUUUAUGAAAUGGGAUGAGGAUUCUUCUACGGUGACUCCAGUGACAUUACGCGUCGAUCCGCAGGGAUACUUCCUGUACUGGACAGAUCAGAAUAAGGAAACAGAUCUAUUGGACAUCACCUACAUCAAAGAUGCAAGAACAGGGAAAUGCACGAAAACACCAAAGGAAGCGAAGCUGCGAGAGCUGCUGGACGUGGGGAAUCUGGUGGGACGGAUAGAGAACCGGAUGCUGACGGUGGUGACGGGACCCGACAUGGUCAACAUCCAGUACCUGAACUUCAUGGCCUUCCAAGAAGACGUCGCCAAGGAGUGGGCAGAUGAGCUGUUCAGUCUGGCGUCGAACCUGCUCGCUCAGAACAUGGGCCGAGAGUCCUGUCUGGAGAAAGCUUUCACGAGACUGAAGCUGCAGACAAAUCAAGAGGGUCGAAUCCCGGUGAAAAAUAUAUUCCGCAUGUUCUCGACUGACCGGAAACGCAUUGAAACGGCGUUGGAGAGCUGCAAUCUUCCGUCCGGCCGGAACGACUCCAUUCCUUUGGAGGAUUUGACGGCUGACGUUUACAAAUCGUUCAUAAACCAUCUCUGCCCACGAUCUGAGAUCAACCAAAUAUUUGCUGAUCUUGGCGCGAAGAGCAAAAACUAUCUGUCGGUGGAUCAGAUGACAGAAUUCAUCAACAACAAGCAGCGGGACCCGCGUCUCAACGAGAUCCUGUAUCCGCCGCUCAAAACCGACCAAACCCAGCUGCUCAUGGAGAAGUUUGAGCCCAGCCCAGCCAUGAUUCAGAAAGGGCAGAUCUCCGUCGAAGGCUUCGCCAGGUAUCUGAUCAGUGAGGAGAACAGCGUCAUUCCACCAGAAAAACUGGACCAGAGUGAAGACAUGACCUUCCCUCUUUCUCAGUACUUCAUCAACUCCUCCCAUAACACCUACCUCACAGCGGGUCAGCUCGCGGGGAACUCCUCAGUUGAGAUGUACCGGCAGACGCUGCUGUCUGGCUGUCGCUGUGUGGAGCUGGACUGCUGGAAGGGCCGGACAGCGGAGGAGGAACCCGUCAUCACACACGGCUUCACCAUGACCUCAGAAAUCUCCUUCAAGGAAGUGAUCGAAGCCAUAGCGGAGUGUGCUUUUAAGACGUCUCCGUUCCCCGUCAUCCUGUCCUUUGAGAAUCAUGUGGACUCCCCCAAACAGCAAGCCAAAAUGGCAGAAUAUUGCCGAUCGAUAUUCGGGGACGCUCUUUUGACAGAGACGCUGGAGAAAUAUCCUCUGGAGUCAGGCGUUCCCCUGCCAAGCCCUCAAGAGCUCAUGGGAAAAAUCCUCAUCAAGAAUAAGAAAUCUCACCCCAAACCCUCAGACGGCAGCACUAAGAAGAAGUUGUCCGAACAGGCGUCCAACACCAACAGCGACUCGUCCAGCGUCUUCGAGCCGUCCUCACCCAGCGCUGGACCCGCAGCUCCUGCAGAGGUUGAGGCUGAGGAUGAUGAAGAUGAAGAUGAUGACGAUGAUGACUGUAAGAAGUCCAUGGAUGAGGGUACAGCAGGAUCUGAAGCCUUUGCCACUGAAGAAAUGUCCACGCUGGUCAACUACAUCCAGCCCACUAAAUUCCACUCGUUUGAGAUUUCCAAGAAGAGCAAACGCAGUUAUCAGAUGUCGUCGUUCGUGGAGACCAAAGCGCUGGAGCAUCUCACCAAGACGCCGGUGGAGUUCGUCGAAUACAACAAGUUUCAGCUGAGCAGGAUUUAUCCUAAAGGAACGCGUGUGGAUUCCUCCAACUACAUGCCGCAGGUUUUCUGGAACGCCGGCUGUCAGCUCGUAGCACUCAACUUUCAGACCAUCGAUCUGUCCAUGCAGCUGAACCUCGGCAUGUACGAGUACAACGGGAAGAGCGGCUACAGACUCAAACCAGAGUUCAUGCGACGACCAGACAAACAUUUCGACCCCUUCACAGAAAGCACUGUGGACGGCAUCGUCGCCAACACCUUAUCAGUGAAGAUCAUAUCAGGACAGUUUCUGACUGACAAGAAGGUGGGCGUUUAUGUGGAGAUUGACAUGUUUGGACUCCCCGUCGACACGAGACGAAAAGCUUUCAAGACAAAGACGUCCCAGAGCAACGCCAUCAACCCGGUGUGGGACGAGGAGCCCAUCGUCUUUAAAAAAGUUGUUUUGCCCACGCUGGCGUCGCUCAGGAUAGCCGUGUAUGAAGAGGGCGGCAAGUUCAUCGGCCAUCGCAUCAUCCCCGUCUCAGCCAUUCGUCCGGGUUAUCGUUACAUCGGUUUAAGAAAUGAAAAGAAUCAAGCUCUGACUCUUCCUGCUAUAUUCGUGUAUAUCGAGGUGAAAGACUACGUUCCCGAUACAUUCGCCGAUGUGAUCGAAGCGCUGUCCAACCCCAUCAGAUACGUCAACCUGAUGGAGCAGAGAUCCAAACAGCUGGCGGCGCUCACUUUAGAGGAGGGAGAAGAGGAGAAAGACACCAAAGAGGCGGAUCCUGGUGUUGAAAACCCUUCGGAGGUUAAGAGCGAACCCAAACCCGUCCCGGUCGAGAACGGACUGAGUCACGCGCCCAGCGCCGCUCCUAAACCCGCGUCCCAGAUCAGCACACAGCCGCAGUCCACAGGCUCAACAAAACCAGCGGCAAAGACUGAAGAUCUGAUUCAGAGCGUCCUCACCGAGAUGGAGGCGCAAACCAUCGAGGAGCUCAAACAGCAGAAAGGCUUCGUCCGAGAGCAGAGACGACACUAUAAAGAGAUGAAGGACCUGGUGAAGAAACACCACAAGAAGACCACCGAGAUGAUCAAGGAGCACACGGCCAAAUACAACGAGUUUCAGCACGACUACCUGCGCAAACGGGCCGUCCUGCUCAAAUCUGCCAAACGAGACGGUAAGAAGAGGUGUUUGUCGUCCAGUCCUGAACACGGACCCUCGUUCUUCGAGCAGGAACUGGCCAAUCUGGAUCAGGACAGCGGACAGAAACUGUCCGAACUUAAAGAACAGCAGCAGCAGCAGCUCCUCAAUCUGCGCCAGGAACAGUAUUACAGCGAGAAAUACCUGAAGAAAGAGCACAUCAAACAGGUGAUUGAGAAGCUGACCGCCAUCGCUGAGGAAAGUCAGAGCAACCAAAUGAAGAAAAUCAAGGAGCUGUGUGAGAAAGAAAAGAAAGAGCUGAAAAAGAAAAUGGACAAGAAGAGACAAGAGAAGAUCAAUGAAGCCAAAUCUAAGGAGAAACACCUGACAGAAGAGGAGAAACUGGAGAUCAACAGGUCGUAUGUGAACGAGGUGGUGCAGCACAUCAAGAGGCUGGAAGAUGCUCAGACUAAAAGACACGAGAAGCUGGUAGAAACCCACAAGAGCAUCCUGCAACAGAUAUUAGAUGAGAAACCCAAGCUCCAGAACGACCUGGAUCAGGAAUACCAGGACAAAUUCCGGCGGCUUCCACUGGAGAUCCAGGAGUUUGUGCAGGAAAGCACCAAGAGAAAGACUGAGGACGGAGAGCAGGAGGUUCUUCCCUCCUCGUCCUCCACACUGGAGAAACUCAUGCAGAAGGGCGCACAGUCUGAAGACGACACAGAGGAGGAGAAGAAAGACUGAUGUCACAAACCUUCAGGAUCUCUUCCCACCUCACUUUUACGUUCCUUCAUUUACAUACUAGACAUUUUUAAGGCUUGCGUUUACUCCAGCAGACGAAAAGAGAGUUUGUGGAGCCGAGCCGUGGAGCGGCGCAUCAGAAACGUGGCUUGGUGUCGCGCUGGGAGUUUGAAUUUCUUUUAAGUUUUUGUUUUCUACUUGACUGGAUACACACGAGAUUUAAAUCUGAAUUAUUUUUUAAUGUUCUGUUGCUUCUCAUCAUAAUGAGUAAAAAGUGUUUUAAUGGAAGAGAACGCAGGUCAUGAUAUUGCAUAGAGAUGCUGUAGCUGUCAGUUAUCUUUAAUGGAUGAAUCUCACAAAAACGUCUGGUUCCGUUCACCCAAAACAACAAUCUGGGUCAUAUUUUACCCCCUAAAUAUAUUUGAAAAUGUUAAAAUUGCAAACCCUAAAAUAAGUGUUUUUAAGCGUUAUAUGUAUAUAUAUAUAUAUAUCUUCACUCUGACUCUUACAAUUAAACCAGUUAUUAGUUGUUGUUUUUCUUUCAUAUUUUGUGUUUCCGCAUUUAUUAUUUAUUUAUGUAUAACUUUUAUGUACCUAAAAUCCUCAAAUAUUUUUUUUAUUUCCACUUUUUAUUUAUUAAUUAAUUUACUUUUUUUUUUUUUUUUUUUUUUUGCAGUCUGGGUCAUAUUUUACAUCAAAAUUAUAUUUUGCCUCAAGAAAAAAAAAAAUUACAUUUAAACUCUCCCAAAAUAGGUAAUUUUUUUAUUAACUUUACUUUUUCGACGAAAAUUGUCACAUUUUUAUUUUUAUUAUUAUUAUUUUUUUUUUUUUGGUGCCCAGUCUGGGUCAUAUUUCACAGGGAAAAAAUAUUUUGCUUAAAAAAGUAAAUUAAAAAAAAUUAUUAAGAUAUGUACAUUUUCCAUGUUUUACCCCUUAAAUGUGUCUUUUAAUUCGGCAAAUAUAUAUAUUUUUUUAUAUUGGUAUUUUGUUAUUUAUUUAUUUAUUUUUGGCAAUCUGGAUCAUUUAUUAUCUCAAAAUGAUAUUUUGCUUCAAGAAAAUUUUUUUUUUUUUUUUUUGCACCAAAAUGGUCACAUUUUUAUAAUUUAUUUAUUUAUUUAUUUUUAUUUUUAUUUUUGAUCCCCAGUCCAUAUUUCACCCCCCAAAAUAUAUAUAAUAUAUAUAUAUAUAUAUAUAUAUAAUUUAUAUAUAUAAAUAAUUUUGCUUAAGAAAAACAAAGUAAGAAAAAUGAGUAAGAUAUAUAAUUUUUUUAAUUAACCAUAUUUGACACCUAUA